AUGGCAGCAGCAAACUCUACUCCGCCUGGCUCUUUGGAUCUAAACCAGCCUGGAUUUGCAAAGGAGAUCCUGGGAACUAAACUAGAGGUCAAAUACCUCUGCUCCGAUUGCAAGAAUAUAUUGAGGAGGCCGUUUCAAGCUCAGUGUGGACAUCGCUACUGUUCCUAUUGUCUGAAGAAAAUUAUAAGUGCUGGACCUCAAAAGUGUGCCAGCUGUAUUCAGGAAGGAAUAUACGAAGAAGGAAUUUCUAUUUUGGAAACAAGCUCAGCUUUCCCAGACAACGCAGCUCGUCGGGAGGUGGAAAGUCUGCCUGCUGUCUGUAUUAACAGUGGCUGCACUUGGAAGGGGACUAUUAAAGAAUACGAGGCUCAUGAUGAAGUCUGCCCGGAAUUUCCGCUGACUUGCGAAGGCUGUGGGAAGAAGAUUCCAAGGGAGAAGUUUCGGGACCAUGUGAAGAGUUGUGGCAGAUCUAAAGUGCCUUGCAGAUUUGAGGUUGUCGGAUGUGCUGAGGUGGUGGAAAAUGAAAAGCUACUAGAACAUGAAAGCAAAUGUUUGACGGAGCAUCUCUACAUGCUACUGAGUUUUGUGCUCAGCCUCAAGGCUGGGUCUGGAGACCUAAAGCCCCUUCCUACCCUUUCCUCAUCGCAAAACAACUCCCCGCUACUGGCAGCAAACUCUCUGUGCUCGGAGUCGGAGCUUUCCAGGUCCCUGGAGCUCUUGGAAAGAUGUGAGGCCCUUGAGAGGAAAACGGUGACCUUUGAGAACAUUGUCUGUGUGCGCAAUCGUGAGUUGAAAAGAGUGUCUCUAACAGCCGAAGCCUACAGUCGGCAACAUCGACUAGAUCAGGAGAAAAUUGAAACACUGAGUAACAAGGUCCGGCAGCUGGAAAGAAGCAUUGGGCUCAAAGAUCUGGCCAUGGCUGAGAUGGAAGAAAAGAUCCGCAACAUGGAAGCUUCCACCUACGAUGGUGUUUUCAUCUGGAAGAUAACAGAAUUUGCCAGGAAGCGUCAGGAGGCAAUAACGGGCCGCUCUCCUGCAAUCUUCUCUCCAGCUUUCUACACGAGCAAGUAUGGCUACAAGAUGUGUCUGCGCGUUUAUCUGAAUGGGGAUGGCACCGGGCGUGGGACCCACCUGUCUCUGUUCUUUGUGGUGAUGAAAGGACCCAACGACGCACUGCUGCGGUGGCCCUUCAACCAGAAGGUAACCCUGAUGCUUCUGGAUCAGAACAACCGGGAACACAUCAUCGAUGCCUUCCGACCCGACGUGACAUCCUCCUCGUUCCAGCGACCCAUUACGGAAAUGAACAUUGCCAGCGGCUGCCCGCUGUUCUGCCCCGUCUCGGUGAUGGAAACCAAGAACUCCUACGUGCGUGAUGAUGCCAUCUUUAUUAAAGCCAUCGUUGAUCUCACGGGCCUCUAA